CGUCAGCGUACCAGCUGAUAUGGCGCCCCGUGACGUCUUUCGGCUCUUCCUCCGCAGCCUCCUCUGCGGCCUCAUCUUCGGAUUUGCUCUCUGCAUGCUCUUCGUCGGCACGAUUCUCAUACUCGUCGGCCUCUACAUGCUGGGAGUGGAGUUCCCAGAACCACCCAACGUGGUGACGCUUGAAGGUCAGCACGACGGUCACCACCAUCAGCAGCAGCAGCAGCAGCAUGAUCUGGAGUGCAAGAGCUGUGGGACGGCAAUAGGGCGGUCGGCGGAUCUGUACCCGCCGAGGGAGGUGGGAGGGGUGUCGUCCUUUGUGGCUUGGCAGGAGGGGGCCUAUCUGGGUCACGUUACGCAAAACAUCGGCGGUGUCAACACCACUGGUCGGUCGGUCGGUCAGCCACCGAGGGAGGGAGGGAGGCAGCACAUGAGCAUCUCUGUCUGUCCAUUCCAUCGGUUUGUUUCGGUUGUGCUUUGCUUUGCUUUGCUUUGCUUCGUCCACCAGUGUACACGUUUCAGCAGCUGCCGAGCAUCAGCGCCAAGAGGCUGCGGUUCCGGGUUGUGAGAUUGAAAGAUACAACACACACAAACCUGAGAAAGGUAAGUAAGGACACCCAGACACACAGACAGACAGACAGACAGACAGACAGACGCCGCCACAUGAUACCGAAUUGUGUGUGUGUACAUCUCAGUACGGCCCGUCCCACUCCGAUUCGUGGUUCCCGGCCUAUCGCUGGACAAUCGCCGUCUGCCCUGUGUGCGGCAGGCAAAUCGGCUGGCACUUCUCACCUAAGGCAGUCAGUAAACACAACCACCAGGAGGCCUUCUACGCCAUCAACCUUGAUGCCAUACGCAACCACACCCACGCCACCCGCCACCCCCAGCCCGCCACCUCUACCUAUCUGUCAACGUCGGUGGAUCGGCUGCAGCAGAAGAUGCGGGAAGACCCCACACUCGCGUCGGUGUUGGGGGGUGCCGCAGUUGCUGGGGGCGGUGGGAUGGCCGGGGUGAGCGUUGCUGCCAUGGUGCUGCUGCCGACCGCUGGAAUCCCCUCACCUUUCAUCGGGUAGGGGGGGUGGCAUGUGGUCUAGACUGACUGACUGACUGACUGUCCAGAGAAGCCGCACCGCCGUGAAUCUCUGUGUGUGGUGCGUGUGUCAGGUUUAAUCUGUACCUCCGCACGGUGGGCGUCCUGCUGCUCGGCUGUGCGUUGGCGUGUGUGUGUGCGGCUACCCUGUGGAAUGCCAAACCUGUGCUGCGGGCACGUCGGCGGCUGCUGGUGGCCCAGCUGAGCAACGAGGGGGCAAGCGGCAACAACAACAACAGCAAAGCGCUGCUUCAGUGUUUGCGGGCGGCGGACACCACCAGAAGAAGAUAGGGCAAGGGGAUGCCAUGCGUUGUGUAUUGUGUGUAUUGGUUGUGUACAGGAGUGUGGUGUGUUCUAUCGGUGGGUCGGUCGGUCGGUCGGUCUGUUUGUGUGCGUGUAUGUGUGUGGGGCGGGGCCAUCCAUCGGCGGCAUGUCAUCUGGAUGUGUGGAUGCGAUGCUGGCUGACGGGAUGGUGUGUCCUCCGUAUUUGUGGUAGCUAGAUAGAUCAUUGCUGGAUUGAGUGACUUAGUGAGUGGUC